AUGAAGAGAGAUCGCUCCGAGAAUUCAGUUGAAAAUACAUCCGACCCUAAGCACUCAAAAAUCGAAAAUGAUGACCCCCUCAUACCGUUCAUGAAGGAUUUCGAAGACAUCCAAAAGGACAUCGAGCAACUGGACAUCAAGUGUGCGCACGAGCAGAUGAACAUUCAGAAGCAGUAUGACGAGAAAAAGAAACCUUUAUUUGAAAAGAGAGACGAAAUAAUUGAAAAGGUUCCAGGCUUCUGGGCCAACACCCUAAGGAAACAUCCUGCACUAAGCGAUAUAGUACCAGAGGAUAUUGACAUUUUAAACUGCUUAGUGAAAUUAGAUUUGAAGGAUAACAUGGACAAUAAUGGGUCAUACAAAAUUACUUUCACUUUUAAUGAAAAGGCAAAGGAAUACAUGGAACCUCUAACCCUUGUGAAGCAUGUCACAUUUGAUAAUAAUCAGGAGAAAGUUGUGGAGUGUACUAGAAUAAAAUGGAAGGAUGGAAAAAAUCCCAUAGCAGCUGUAUCCAAUAAUAGAUCUGACCUAGAUAAUGAAAUGCCUAAGUGGUCUAUCUUCGAAUGGUUUACCACAGAGGAGUUACAAGAUAAACCAGAUGUGGGGGAGUUGAUACGAAGAGAAAUUUGGCACAACCCCUUGUCCUAUUAUCUUGGUCUGGAAGAUUUUGAUGAUUUCGAUGAAGAUUUUGAUGAGGAAUUUGACGAUGACGAUGAUGAAGAUGAUGAUGAUGAGGAUGAUGAGGAUGAAGAUGAUGAUGAGGAGGAGGAGGAUGAGGAAGACGAUAAGGACGACGAUGAUGAAAAAGAUGAUGAUGAUAUGGAUGGAGAUGAUGAUGGGAAGGACGACGAGAAUGAUGACUAG